UGGACAGUGCUGGUUCCUGGUUGCGUUAGCAGGUACAGUGACUGUCACUGUUGCUUUCAGGCACGUGGCCAUGGAGACUACGAUUCUGAUUUUAGCGAUGAGGAGAACGGAGAGAAGUCUGUGCAGAAGACUAAAAGCACAAAGGAAGAUGGCCUUCUCACCAAGCCAUUCCAAAAAGCCAAACAAGGCAGUGUGGUUCACAGACAGUUUGCAGCUCAAGAAUGGGACAGGGAAGAAGCAAGAAAAAGACGAUUUCACUUGAUAUCGAUGGAUGCUUAUGAAAGACAUAAGAAGUUGGUGAAGGACUACAUUUUGUACUAUGGUGGGAAAAGAGAGGAUUUCCGACGCUCUGGAGCGAAUGACAAGACGGAUCUUGACGUUAUUAGAGAAAACCAUAGAUUCCUGUGGAACGAAGAUGAUGAAGCAGAUAUGAAUUGGGAGAAGAGGCUUGCAAAGAAGUAUUAUGAUAAAUUGUUCAAAGAGUACUGUAUAGCAGAUCUCAGCAGAUACAAAGAGAAUAAGUUUGGGUUUAGAUGGCGACACGAGAAAGAAGUAAUUUCAGGAAAAGGUCAGUUUUCCUGUGGAAAUAAGCACUGUGAUGGGCAAGAAGGCUUGAGGAGCUGGGAGGUGAAUUUUGGUUACGUUGAACAUGGUGAGAAGAGGAACGCGCUUGUGAAACUCAGACUAUGUCCAGAAUGUUCCUACAAACUGAACUUCCAUCACCGGAGGAAAGAAGUCAAAGCACACAAGAAAAGAGGCACAGCUCUACCAAGCUCUAAAGAGCCCAAAAUUAAGAAGACAAAAUUAUCUUGCUCAGAAAAAAAGAAGUCCAAAAAAAAAACCCAAGAAGAUCAGGUUUCUUCAGAAGAUUCAGAUAAUUCUGAUAAAGAUUCAGAUAACAGCGAUGCCCAGGAUGGCCCUUCAGACGCUGACUUUUGGAAAGGUCCUCUCCAAGAAGCAGAUGAGAAAUCACGGGAGGAGGAGUUCGAUGAGUAUUUUCAAGACUUGUUUCUCUGAAACUGGAAAUGGAUUUAGGCUCAGUCGUUUCUUGCGUUGUCAAGCCAAGCAUCUGGGGAUCCAGUGCUAAUUAGGGACCAGAGCCCUCUCUCUGCCCGUGUACCUCUGCUGGGGUCACUCACAUGGACCAUCCUCGGGAUGUUUUGUUUGGAGAAGACUUUGGGUCUCAAAACGUCCUUUUUCCUGUGGUGGGCUGUGGUAGACUCAUGAAUUUAGAGAAAUAAUUUUUUCAGUUCGGUGCAGAAGAUACAGAGCACCCAAACUUAAAAGGAGGAAGGAUGUAAACAAACAAGAAUAUAGUUUAUUGACAUUACAUCAGGGAAGUUGGUUGGUUUUUAUUCUAGCUGAAACUUCAGUUAUUGUCAGAUUUUUUGUAAAAGGGCAUGUUGGAAGAUUCUGUUAUUAAAGCCAGACACUUUAAUAUAUUCAUAUUUCCGAUUUGUUUAGCAGGAGUUAAUAGCCUUAAAUGUAUUGGUCCUGUAGACUUUAAUAUUCGGAUAUUAGUCUCUCUAAGUAUUUUCAAAUGCUGUUGGAGAAGUUCAAUUAUUAUCAAAUACGUAUUUUGCUUGAAUUAAGUAAACCAUCUGAAAUGUCUCCCAUACAUCUGAAUGUCUCCCAUACCAUCUGAAAUGUCUCCCUUAGAAAAGUUUAGUUCAUUGCGACUUUGUUUUAAAUUUUGGUUAUAAUAUGAUGUUACGGAUAAUUCCACUUAGAAAAAUCUGGUUGGUUGGUGGAAUUUUUGACGUGGAAAAUAAAGUGUGUGGCUUUCUACUGGAGGUGUACAUGUGACUCGAUGUUAUAUAUGGUUUCUGAUCUCCUUAGCAUUGAUUGGAUGUUAAUCCUUCUUUAAAGUGUAAUCCUAAAUAUACAAGUAAAGAAUGUGCAUUGCUUGAGAAA